AUGUCCGAAUCGCUCGACGUGCACGGCAAGAGCUUCUGGUCGUCUGGCUGGUCGGCGAAGCUUCUCGACGAGGCGGCUGCGGAAGGGGCAGGCGACUCGUUGGGAGGAGGGCCGGGGGAGGUGCUUGCGAGGGAGUGGACGCGAGCGGCCGACGUUCUCCGGGGGCUUGGCGGGGCCGAGGGCGGCCCGACGAUCGGAGACGUCUGCUCGUGGGACGGGUUGGUGGUGGUGCACACGGAUGAUGAUCUCCUCACGAUGAAAGGCAUGGACCACCUCCUGCCGGAGGGCAGGGGAGCGGGCGGCAACGAGGGUCCCGAGGCCGACGAGCUCCAGGUGGCGUGCUUCAUGGCGCUCCUGUCCUUCCUCGCCUCCCGGCCGGAGGUGCUUCGGGUGUCGCCAGCGCGGGCGAUCAAGCUGCUCAACGCCGCGGCCUACCACAACGUGCAGAGCGCCAACCUCACCGAGUCGCCGAUGACGGACGCGGGGCUGGACGGGACGGGCGAAGUGAUCCAGAUCGUGGACACAGGCCUCGACGUGAACUCUUGCUUCUUCGUGGACGAGGACGGUGGGGAGGGGGUGGCGCACGGCCACUACUUCGAGGAGAUCGGCGUCGAGGCGAGCGCCCUCAGCAGCUGGUUCACCUCGUGGGACUUCAACCUCCAGAUCGCGCGGGUCUUCACGGGCGGGGACUUCAACUUCGACCUCAGCAGACGCAAGAUCGUUCAGUACAUUAACCUGAUCCGCCAAGACUCCGAGACCAACAGCACCGCCAACAACAGCACCAACUACGGCGAAUCCUGGGCUACAUCAGCGGGUGAUCAGUACCCCUGGAUCAGCGCCCCCGAGUUCGCCGAAAAUUACGCUGGAGGCCACGGCACCCACACGGCCGGCUCCGCGGCCGGCGCGGUCGUGAGCUCGCCCUCCUACUCGCAGACCGGCGAUUUCACCGAGGUCUGCGAAGAAGGCAGGGAGCUGAGCUGUGUCGGCGGCUGCAUCGACGUCGACGAUACCUUCGGGGGGGAUGAUCUGAUCACGACCUGGGACUACCAGUACUUUUGGGCCGGGUACGAGGCGAUCGAUCUCGAUCGGUUGUGCCCCCGGCUGGACUGCGACGACCGACCCGAGGAGUACUGCUUGGGAGAUGACGAGGCGGAGACGCUCCAGCAACACGGGGGUGUGGCGAGAGGCGCACAGCUGGCGAUCUUUGACAUACUGGACGAUUACACAGGCAUCGGCAUCGAGAUGGCGGGCAACGGGAUGUGGGAGCCGGCCAUGGAGGCCGGCAGCAAGCUCAGCUCCAACUCCUGGGGCAUCUACGCGUACUGCGAGUACCUCUCCUACGACGUCCUGUACGACGACUUCAUGUACCGCAACCAGGACCAGCUCCUCCUCUUCGCGGCCGGGAACGACGGGGAGGAAUGGAGCGGCUGCACCAUGGGCAGCCCGGCGGUGGCCAAGAACGUGCUGGCGGUGGGGGCGAGCACGUCGGGGCCCGGGCGGCUGUCGUUCACCGAUGAGGACGGGGAUCCCACGGAUGGGGACAGCCGGGUGCAGGACAUCGACGCCAUGGCCUACUUCAGCUCUUUCGGGCCGACACUGGACGGCCGGAUCAAGCCGGAGGUGGUCGCACCGGGGGACAUGAUUUACUCGGCGGCUGGCGGCGGCGACGGAAACUACACGUGCAGGCUGUGGCAGUACGCGGGAACGAGCAUGUCCACUCCGGUAGUUGCUGGCGCAGCAGCUUUGGUUCGACAGUACUUCAAGAACGAAACGUUCUACACGCACGACGUGGAGGAAAGAGGCUUCUGCGACUCGUUCGGUUGCGAGCCAUUCGCGCCGUCCGCGGCCACCGUGAAAGUCACACAUGCAUG